AAACAUCGUUUUCCCGUUCUUAUUUAACUUCUUCUUUAUUUCUCUGUCCACCCAUUGUUUUGGUUUAUCGAAAAUCCCCCCUGUCGCCAAUGUGGAGGGAGGACCGGGUGUUUCUCGUGGAUUACUGCUCAAAAACGGAAACAGUGCUCAAUCUCGUACACAUACAUAUAUAUAUCGUACAUAUACAUGCAUUUGGCAGAAAACUGUGCGUUGUUGAGGGGAUGUAGAGGCAGAGGCGAGUAGUGAGAGAAGCAGGUGGUCACCCAACGAACGUCCGUGUAGUCGUAGAAGUGGAGGAAGAUGUUCUUCGCUCUUGGCCGCAGUCUCGCCGAGUGGACGAAGGAGGCUGCAUCUCUCUCUCCUCGAUUAGCCCCACGACGAGCAGUGGAUAACCAGGCAGUGACUUCACCAAGAAAGCGAUGUGACCAUUUUUUUCGACCCCACCGUCGCCGUCAUCGCCACUUUCUCCUCCUCCUUCUUACACCAUGAGCUUGUCAACGACGACGACGACGACGACCCGGCGGCCACCCCACAAGUUUAGGACUAGUCGUCACCACAAACUUGACCCAGUCCUUGGUUGUGACCUCGGUUUAACACUAUUAAUACUGCUAUUAGUUCCUUGCCUCUUUGUGGGGGUGGUGCAGUGCUCGUCGAGUGGGGGUGGUGUGGCUCAUCAUCACCACGAUCAUCAUCAGUGUAACCACGCAUACCCGAAACCGCAUGAGGUAAUCGACGGAGUAUUCAUUGAACACCACCACAUCAUGAAGAAACGGAGUGCAGACCACCCCCUCCGAAUCGUGCUCUAUUACGACGACAGUGUCCACAAGUUGGACGCAGAGAAGAAGGACUUGAUUAAUAACACGGUGCUUCCUGAAGCAGUCUCGUAUUGGGAAAAGGCUCUAAAAGUGAGACGGACGGAGAGGGCUAUUCUUCUAAAUAGACGGUGUCCAAAUCAACAAGUCUACUACAAGGCGGACGAUCCUCAUCCAUUUUGUCGCGUUGAGUGUGAAGCACGCACGAUGUGUGGCGAAGUCCAAGUUCCGGAGGAACAUUUGGAUGCUUGUCGCGUGUGUGACAACCAGGGUCAUAAUUGCAAAGUUGCGGAAAACUCGACUGCCGGGUCUGGCAUAAAAGAUGCGGAUUUCGUCUUCUACGUCUCAGCCGUGCAAACACAGCGAUGUAAACAGGGACAGGGCUAUACGGUGGCGUACGCUGCACAUUGUCAACAGGAAUCUGGACUAGAUCGGCCAAUUGCUGGGCAUGCAAAUCUGUGUCCGAAAAGUAUCAGUACAAAACCACAAGAGUUGGACACACUGAUUUCCACCGUGAAGCAUGAAAUCCUCCACGCUCUAGGUUUCUCCGUCUCCCUUUACGCAUUCUACAGAGACGACCAAGGAAAUCCGCUUACCCCUCGUGAUACGAAAGGAAAACCACCCUAUUCGGAAGGAAUGCAAGCUCGCCAGUGGAGCAACCGAGUUAUAAAGACCGUGACUCGACCCGACUGGCGCGUACGAGAUGGGAACGUGACGAGAACGAUGCAAAUGAUUGUCACUCCCCGAGUCGUGGAGGAAGUAAGACGCCAUUUUAACUGCAGUGAUUUGGAGGGUGCAGAGUUGGAGGAUCAGGGCGAGGAAGGCACUGCAUUGACACAUUGGGAAAAAAGAAUUUUUGAGAAUGAAGCAAUGACGGGAACGCACACCCAGAAUCCAGUCUACUCCCGCAUAACGCUAGCGUUAAUGGAGGACACUGGCUGGUACAAGGCAAAUUACGACAUGGCGCAACACCUCGUUUGGGGACAUGGUCUGGGGUGUGAUUUCGUCAAAAAGUCGUGCAUGGAGUGGAUGAUGAGCAAAAGCUCGACUAGCGAUCCUGUGCCAUACUGCAGUAAGGUGAAGGCAGAACCUUUAGAGACACAAUGCACGGAUGAUGGAACCUCUGUCGCUCUGUGUAACCUUGUCAAGUACCCGGGUCCUUUGCCAAGCGUGUACCAAAACUUUCCUUCGCUGCCAAACAUUCCUAACAACAAUCUGUCUUAUUAUGGUGGCUCCGUCACGUUGGCAGACUAUUGCCCCUACGUACAAGAGUUCACCUGGAGAGCAAACAGCGUCGUGAUUCGAGGUUCACAUUGCUACUAUGAGGAGAAUAAUCCAGAACCCGAAAAGAAUUUCGCCCUAGAAGAGUACGGCGAGCAAUCAAAGUGCUUCUACCACACGAAAGAAAUGUGGGAAGAGCGGUCUUGCCAUCAAAAACGGCACUGGCAACAUUGGGGAUCCGGCUGCUACAAAUAUUUUUGUGAUAAUGGGCUUCUCAACAUUGUGGUCACUAACCGUACAUUUACAUGUGCAUACACUGGCCAGGAAAUUCGGGUUCAACUCUUAGCAAAUGGUUGGCUUCAUCGAGGCGGAAUUAAAUGUCCACCAUGCUCGCAAUUUUGUGAAGACUGCAGUGGGGUGAGUUCGAGUUACGAAAUUAGUCAAGAUGAGCAACCCUCGGAUCAUUUGGAUUGUUCAUCAGCCAUACCUACGAUGUCCCCACUUUAUCUCGUUCUAUUUGUUUUGACCUCUUGGAGCUUCUCGUGACAAUCAUUCCUGCGACAAGAAGAAGGAUAAUAAAAAGAGAUAGAAUUACUGCAGGCGAUAUGAUUCCUCGUCCCGUAAACAUUUGAUUUGGUGGUGAUGGACUUGUUGCAUGCACAUUUUAUGAUCCCUGCAUCAAAUCAAUUGAUCAAACAAACCCCUCCAGAUCUAAUAACAAUUCAGUACAACAAACCGACGGAAGCAGGGUGAUGUAGCAGGACACAAUUUGGGAGGAAGGACGCCAAUAUCAGCACCACCUACAUGCACUACAGCACAGAAUAAUAGUGAAGAAGAAGCACUGAUUUCACAUUCCAAAAACAAUAAUAACUUAAGAAUUGUUUCCCAAACAAAACUUUCAACGAUUUUUCCAAUCCCCAUUACUCUUUGUGAUAUGAAGAUAAGUUAUGAUUUGUCUCGAGUUUAUUGAACGUGAUAGAUAAGAUAGCUAGAUAAGUAAAUAUAGGCAGGGAAGAACUUUCGAGGCUGGAAUACUGGGAAACUGUCCCCACUUUUUGUAAUAUAUUUUCCAACUUGUGUUAGCAACUUGAAACUGUGUUAUUAUAAGUUAGACAGAUGCAAGUGUAGAUAGAAGAUGUAAAAGGUAUGAUAAGGUCUUGUCUUAUCUUAUUAUUAUUAUUCGUCCCUUUUUUUAUCUAGUCUGAGUGCUGGCGAAGUUAGUAGAUUUAAAGAAAUAGGUUUUCUUUAUCAUCCAAGAUGAGAUUGUUUGUCAAUGUCUUCUUCUUCUAAAAACAGUACUUCCACCAGUGUUAAUGCUAAUGUAAUAAGUAACGAAAUAAGUAACUGUAAUCUGGAUGACAGUUAAUCAAAAUGAUGAAUGAUGAUGGUGACGAUGCCAAUAUUGAGUCAAUUAAUAAAGGUUGAAGAAUUGCACAAGGCCUAAAAAAA